CCGGGACAGGUCAGGGCGCUGUCUGGGGUGGAGCCGAGGGCGGAGCUUCAGGGCCGGGCGCGCAGAGCUGGGGCGUGUUCGCGCCGCCGUGAUCCGCUCCGCUCCUCCCUCGGUCCGCUCCCUGCGCUCCCAGCCUCUUCGCCGCAGCCCCCGCCGUAGCUGCCGCUGCUCCCGCCGUCACCGCCUCCGAGAUGGCUGUGCCUCCCACAUAUGCUGAUCUUGGCAAGUCUGCCAGGGAUGUUUUCACCAAAGGCUACGGAUUUGGGUUAAUUAAACUUGAUUUGAAAACGAAGUCUGAGAAUGGAUUGGAAUUUACCAGCUCAGGCUCCGCCAACACAGAGACCACCAAAGUGAACGGCAGCCUGGAAACCAAGUAUAGAUGGACCGAGUACGGGCUGACCUUUACAGAGAAGUGGAACACAGACAACACCCUGGGUACUGAGAUCACUGUGGAGGACCAGCUCACUCGCGGACUUAAGCUGACCUUUGACUCAUCCUUCUCACCUAACACUGGGAAAAAAAAUGCUAAAAUCAAGACAGGGUACAAGAGGGAGCAUAUCAACCUGGGCUGUGAUGUGGACUUUGACAUCGCUGGGCCCUCGAUCCGGGGCGCUCUGGUGCUUGGCUAUGAGGGCUGGCUGGCUGGCUACCAGAUGAAUUUUGAGACCUCAAAGUCCCGAGUGACCCAGAGCAACUUUGCAGUUGGCUACAAGACAGAUGAGUUCCAGCUUCAUACUAAUGUGAACGAUGGGACAGAGUUUGGUGGCUCCAUUUACCAGAAGGUGAACAAGAAGCUGGAGACUGCUGUCAAUCUUGCCUGGACAGCAGGAAACAGUAACACUCGCUUUGGAAUAGCAGCCAAGUAUCAGGUUGACCCUGAUGCCUGCUUUUCGGCCAAAGUGAACAACUCUAGCCUGAUCGGUUUGGGGUACACUCAGACCCUAAAGCCAGGUAUCAAACUGACACUGUCAGCUCUGCUGGAUGGCAAAAACGUCAAUGCAGGUGGCCACAAGCUUGGUCUAGGACUGGAAUUUCAAGCAUAAAUGAAUAUUGUACAAUCGUUAAUUUUAAACUAUUUUGCAGUAUAGCUAC